CAGAACAAUGAUGAAGAAAAGGACAAGGAGGAAGUAGCUACCAGGUAAAAAGUAAAAAAAUCUAACGUAUAAAAUCACUGAUAGUCAUCAAACAGAUAACGUAAUUACUAAGCUCGGCUACAAGUAAGGCGUGUGUUGCUUUUGUUCAUAAACCUACAAAGGCCUUUAAAUAUUACUCGAGCUCUGCUUUUUUUCAAUAAAAAGAUCCUCUAUUCCUGCACUUAAAAAGAAAAUAUUGCUAUUGGCGCUUCUUUUAAGGUAGCUCGAUCUUUUAUAGGCAUACCUUUCACCUUUGGAAUAACUUGGUCUUUAUUGUAAACACAUGGAUCACACAUAGACUGAACUCAAUUAUGACAUUAGACAUUAUUUUUUUCGCGAUCGGAAUACCACGUAACAAUGACGUCACAAUGGUUUCCGCUCUUUAUCGAAUUACAGUCCUUAUUCGCACUUUUUCUGGAAAUGCUCUUUGCUAGCAAAGUUUCACAAAAAUGUGAAGUGGAAUUUCGUGAUAUCGUGGAAUUUCUAGAUGAAGGCUAUUUGGAAUUUCUACAUGAAGGCUAUUUGAUUUUAUCGCUGUUUUCGUGAAAGUAGCCUCCUAGUUGUAAAAAGAGCUCAGCAUUGAGUUUUACCCUGAUACUUUCCUGUCUUUCGAAAUCAAGCAAGCCUACCUGUCUACAAAAAUACUGGGUCGAGCCACCUCGAAAACAAAAGUGGGCCACCUGUCUCUCUUAAAGUAACAAUUUAAAACUCCAACUAUAAGAUGAGGGAAUCAAUCAAUCUGGAAGAGAGAGUCAGGUUUUUUAAAAACCAAAGAGAGCUAAAAUAUUUUUUAAAGCCUGCUAGAGUCACACCUAUGCAGAUGACACAUUGGGGAGAAAUCGAGUAGUGUAUCAAUGCAAAUGAAUUUCGGCCUUCGACUGAAAAGAGCAGCACCUUUUAGUGUUCCAGGAUAGUUAGGAACCUUUUCAAUAAUUUUACUAGUUUUAAUUUAUGAAGUUAGAAAUGACAUGUUCCAUUUAAAACUUUUGAUAGCAAAUAAACUUAAGACUCAAAAGUAUCCCACGCCCCAAAAUGCUAUAAUAUCGAAAAGGUUCAACGCUGUUGAUAAAUCUAGAAAGAAGUCACCUACCAUCCUAAAUUAGACAAUCAUUCAAUGUUUCAAAAUCCUACAAAUACGUCGUAAUGCUGCAAAUUUCUCAAUACGAGAGGAAUUAUCCCUACAUUGUAUAAGCUUGGCGAUUUCUGGAGGCCGUCUCGCCAUCUUUAUUAUAUGAGCUGUUCGAAACAUUUCCUUGCAUACUUUAACCGUUAUUUCAGACCUUUCCCAAAUAUAUCAGAUUUUUACUCAAGAACUUAGUGAGUCAGUAGGCAAGAAAGACAAGAAAACAAAUGAACGAAUAAAUCAGUAAAUAACUUGCUGCUAGGAAUCAAUCUGAUAUACAAAAGCAAAACGGUGAAAGCUUACUUCGCCUUUAUAACUUGGUGUUGAUUAGUGAGGAUGACGUCACUGAAACUGCUCAAGAUCUUCAAGCCGCUCCAGAUCCCGGCUACCGUCACGAGGUAAAUGUUAUUGUUGUCUUCCUUGAACAUUGCAUGUCAUUCUGGUAAAUCUUCAGUGACAUCUAAAGAAAAGGAAUAUUGAUUAAACAACAUAAUCUUAAUGGACUUUAUAUCAAGACAGUACACCCAGCUGCAAGAAAAAAUUUGGGCGCAAAAUAAGCUAAAACUAAACGAUGAUUUUGUGUUCAAUAGACUUGUACCACCCAAUCCCUAAUUUGCCCUUCUGUAUAGGCGUACUUGCAUUUUAUUUUGAAAUAUUACUUUCAUAGUAAAAGGAGCAUUAGAAUCACGUCCCUAAAAGCAUUUAAGGCCAUUAAAAGAUGUGGACCACGUCGAAAAAGCACUUAACUAAGGAGGUAACAAGGUUACGAGUUGAGCGAUAAUUUGACCCCAUAGAACCAAUAAGAGUUUGCUAAGACUGGAUUUCUCAUAUUAACGACAGUUUAUAGCAUUUUCAGGCGAACUUUGAAAAAAACAUUACACGUAAAGUGCCAAACACCGUGUAACAGCAGGGCUGUACUCUAGCAGAGCCCGGUGGCCCCUGGUGCCUAACUUUUGCUCCUGGGCGACUAGAAAAUCUCAGAUUUAACAUACAAAUCAUAUGCUGGGCAGCCUAGAUUUUACACGGUCAGAGCACUGGGCACCCUUCAAUUUUCCUUAGAGCACAGCCUUGAACAGGCUGUCGAAAUACUGAACUGUUUAGGCCAAGUUUUUUUCCUGAAGUAGCCAUGCCAUCCUGAGUGCUGUUGAGUCAAUCAAGAGUUGUAGAACUGCGAUACAAAACAUUGUGGUUUUUUCCUUAGGAGCAGUACACUGACGGAGGGCGUUUGGUGCGUCAAUGUACGGAACCCGGUGGUGGACAUAACCCAAUUUGGUAAGAAAGUCCGAAGUACAAAAAAACGAAGAUUGUUCCCAAACCAUAGUUAUAUCUUCACCUCAGUCAUAAUAUAAGGAGCUACAAAGGCUCAUAAUUAAAAUAAUAGGACCGCUGCCUGUUAUUUCGCCAACCACAAAUCAAUAAUGAAUUAAAGCGCCGCUCAAAUUUAAUGUCAAAAACAAUUUAGUUUUUUUCAGUCAUAAUCAUUCUGUAGUACUUCUCUCUUUUUGCUACGCAAAUCAUCAAAGGGGAUAUUUUGGUAACUCCGCUGACCAUCAUGUCCAGUGACUGCUUUGCACGUUGUGGAGAAGUUAAUCGUUUUUAAAGAAAGAAAGACAUACGGGUGGGGGAUAUUCGACCAUACAUAAAAUGUUAGUGACAUAAAUUAUUUUACGUGUCCUCCAGUUGACAAAAUUCAGAAUAUUUUCAUUCAAACUGUUCGCUUCAUUGAGAACAAAUGACUACUUUUGUAAAUGUACCUUCCUCAACUGAAUUUUGUAUCUCAUAAAAUUGUGAUUUAAUUCAAGAUAUGCAGAAAUCUCCAUCUACUUGGUAUAAAAGUUUUCAAAAUACUAACUGCUUUUGAAUAUCCUUUCUUCUAGCGGUAUAUCAUGUCCACAAGUUCCUACUGGGCCAAGGGUAAGAGCACCAAAGCUAGGCAAUUAACUUUUUUAUCAAGCCUGUAACAUAAAAUUAUAUUAAUCACAAACUGAAGAUUUUCGCUGACUUGGUGUGACAAUUCACUGACAAUUCAAUCUAUAGCUGUUGACCUCAGGAAAGAUCUUCCCCAUCAUUUGAAAGACCUCCCAAUUUCUCCUUCCCAUACUUACUAAAAAAAUAUCUACUGAACUGACAAUUUGAAAGUUGACCAUAUUCGUUCUUCUCUCUAUAUAAUGUAUAGUGUGUGUGUGUUAUUUAUUUAUUAAUUAUUGUUUUUUCUUUGCUACUAUUAUACCUGUCACCACUGUGUUAAAGAUAUAACUUUAUAGCUAGGAGCUAGGAGCUAAAUUAGCAAAUGUUUUCGUGCUAGACAUCCUUUUAUCAUAAUGUAUCUAUCUUAUGUAACAUUUUUUUUUUCUUUCCAUUAGCCAUCGUAGAACUGAAUGUUAAAAUUCUGUUUAGUUGGAUGUAAAUAAUAAAGGUUGUUGGUGUGGUUGUUGUUCUGGCCAAGCAAAGGCACGAUAGUGUGUGGAUAUAGUGUACAUAUAGUGGACUUCGAACAGGUUUUCGGCGACCAUACCGAUAUUUUAAGCUAAUUUUCAGUCGCGAAUUUUUUUCCUUUUCCGAUCGCCACAAAGUGUUCAUCACAAACUGAUUUUGAAUUGAAUUUUGUCAAAAUGUAAGUGAAGUGACUUGGUAACAUGAACAGCUCAAGCUAAUUUAGUUUUCACUUUUAUCUCUCAUAGGAAAACCUGGACUCAGAUCCUAGUGUGUUGACCAUUUUUUACAUUUUUCUCUUGUUUUUGACUCUUAAAGAUCAUGUCUGUUCGAUUUUGUACGUUUUGAUUUAUGUGUUGUUCAAUGUUAUAUAG